AUGUCAAUUCUUCAAAUCGGAUCAGCCCCGCAGUCCAACAUCUACAGGAAGAACGUGACGAUCAUUGAUCCCUAUGCGUUCCCCAACGGCCGACGCGACGCCAUGUCGGAGCUCGUGCCUGGACCGCUAUUCCCGCCACUCGUCCUCGCGAUUUUUAUUGUCUGCAUCGCCGGCGCCGGGGCUUUGGUCAACUGUGCUCUCUUAGCUGCACUUCUCAAGCGGUCAAGAAACGGGUUGUUCUCAAUAAUCAUACAGCUAGCACUCGCAGACAUUAUCUUAAUAGGAACCUCCGUAGGGCCCGAAAUAUGGUCUUACAAUGCAAGAACAUGGAUCUUCGGAAGGAACUGCUGCAUAGCAUACCGCGGACUCAGUAUAAUCGCUUCGACGGCAUCCCUAUACUUAAUUACUACAAUUGCGCUUCACACUUUAGCUACCGCUAACCUGGAAGAAAAAUCUAUAACUCUCAAGAAUAAAAGAAGCGACCGCGAUGAUGAAGAGGAAAUAAGAUCUUCACGCCACAGUCUUGUGGCAAGCAGUGAUACUUCUACUCCUCCGCGUACGAUGAAUGUGGAUUAUCGUCUCGCGGACACAAGAGUACCAGUUGCUCCACCAACGGUCUUCGUAUGGGUGCUGUCUGCGUCAUUAAGUAUACCAGAAUUUACUUUUGCUACGACGGUUCCGUAUGAUCAAGAUGUCGUCGCUUGUACUUUAGUGGACACUAGUCAUAGAGUUAAUAUGCAUUCUAUGGUCGCUUUUUUCAAUUUUUUUCUGCCAGCUCUAAUAUUAUCUAGUGCCAGCGUUCUUAUUAUAUGUAAACUGAAAUCCAAGAAGAUUAACAACCUAGAAGGAAGCGAGACAAUUCAAACUUUAAAAUUAUCCUUAUGGUUGAAUUUAGUGUUCGGCAUUUUCUGUGUGCCACGCUCGCUUUUUUACUUUUAUAGACUCUAUGAAUUUUCCGCAGACACUAAAAUCGAUCUAGGACACGAAGGUAAUAUUUUAUUGAUAAAAUUAAUAUUAAGUGCCGUGUAUCUCGCUGCGCCAUUACUGCGUCCCAUAUUAUGUAUAAGUUUACUGCCUAGAUUACAAAAAAUGUUUUCAUUUGGAUUUAGAAAAAUCGAUGAAGUGUAA